AAAGCAAAUAAAACAGCUGCAUUUCUCAGUGCUUAAGUAGUGAGAAAUACAUUUACACAGUGUGAUAUAAGAUGGUGCUUUUACUGAAGCCAGUCUUGCUCAGUAACAUUUAAACGUGUGCUGAGAAACUUCCUGAAAUCUUGGUGCAAAAACAAGGAAGAAACAGAAAAUAGAGACGACUAGGGCAGUCAGCUGAGAUCACUGUGGAGAGAAGAGAGAACGAGAAACACAGGAAAAAGGUUGCAAAACUGGUGUUAUCCUUUGUGAACAAAAACUAACAGCAGAGGCUGCUCCUCUGCUGGACAAGUUAUUCUGUGGAGGGAGAGACUGAACGUCUCGAGCAUCGAACAUGUUUGUGCUCAUCUGGGCAAAUCUGUUUUUCUCUGUAAAAGGCAGCAUUGUUGGCACAGGUGCUUCAGCCUGGGGCCAGCAACACUGUGACAAAGGAUACUGUGUUACUCUGAGUGAGCGGGAACUAACAGCAGAGGCUGGACUCUGUGUUGUGAUCCCGUGUUCUUUCACUACUGCUGAUGAGUUUACACCCAAACAUACAGUUUGGUACAAAUGUGAAACAUCUCAACACAGUUGCAGUGAACCUGACAUAAUAUUUCACAGCAACAAAAACACAGACAAAAAAGCUCAGGCUGGGUUUGAAGGACGAGUCUCACGUUUGGAGCCUGAUGUGAGUCAGAACAACUGCAGCAUCAUCAUUAACGAUCUGAAAGAGUCUGAUUCUGGAUCAUAUCAGCUCAGAGUUACUGGUGAACUGAAUGGGAAAGAAGAUGGAUUCACAUUCAUUCCAAGAGUAACUGUCUCUGUUAAAGGUCUUAGUCAGAAGCCCAGAGUAAUGAUUCCCACACUGACUGAGGGACAGCAGGCCACACUGACCUGCACUGCUCCUGGUCUCUGCUCUGGAUCUGUUCCUGAAAUCACCUGGACAUGGAGAGGAGCAGGAGGGACUGAAUCUUACAUUAAAGGAAACAGGACUGACUUCAACACUGACAAUCCGAAGUCUUUCACACAGAGACACAUCUCAACUUUGACCUUUAAUCCUUCAGCUGAACACCACAACACCAGUGUCACUUGCAAGGUCAACUUCACAGGUAGAAAAUCUACAGAGGAGACUUUGACUGUAAAUGUGAACUAUAUGAAAGAAAUUACAAUCAGUGGUGUUACAACUGUUAGGGAGGGAGAUGUUCUGAAUCUGACCUGCAGUGUUGAAAGUUUCCCUCCAUCUCUGAUUGUGUGGUCUAAACUUGGUUCUGACACAAAGCUGCACAGUUAUUCUGGAUCAGCCAGGCUUGUCAUUGAGAAUGUGAAACCAGAACAUUCUGGACAGUACAUCUGUGCAGUUACAUAUAUGAACAAUACCCUGAAGAAGGAUGUCAAUAUCACAGUGAUAUAUAACAGGGCUGCUCAGAUCAUUGGGAAUACAACUGUUAAGGAGGGAGAUGUUCUGAAUCUGACCUGCAGUGUUGACAGUUUCCCUCCAUCUCUGAUUGUGUGGUCUAAAAUUGGUUCUGACACAAAGCUGCACAAUGGCACUGGAUCAGCUACAAUUUUCAUUCAAAAUGUGAAACCGGAUCAUUCUGGACAGUACAUCUGUACAGUUACAUAUAUGAACAAUACCCUAAAGGAAAACGUCACCAUAACAGUAAUAUAUAACAAGGAUGCUCAGAUCAUUGGGAAUACAACUGUGAGGAAGGGCGAUGUUCUGAAUCUGACCUGCAGUGUUGACAGUUUCCCUCCAUCUCUGAUUGUGUGGUCUAAACUUAGUUCUAACACAAACCUGCACAAUGGCACUGGAUCAGCUACACUUGUCAUCCAUAAUGUAACAUCAGAACAUUCAGGGCAGUACAUCUGUACAGUAAAACAUCUGGACACAACUCUGACUUCAUAUGUUGAUGUAACUGUGACUUGGCAUACAAAGAUACAGAAUGGCUCAGGAUGUGUGCUUCAGUCUGAGGGUUUGACCUGUGUGUGCAUCAGGGAAGGCUUUCCUUUACCUAACAUCAAAUGGCCUCUGUUGACUCACCACACUGAGUACUCUGUCAUUACUAGUGUAUCAAACCACACAGUCAACAGCACUGUCAGUGUAACUGUAAAAAACCAUGGCAACAGCACUGUUGAAUGUGUCAGCAACAAUGGAAAUGGAGAAGUAAGAGAGAACCUGCUGAUCAAUAACAACUUGUCCAAAAAAGAUGAGCCGUCAUCGGGUCUUAGGUGGCAAUUUCUGGAAAUUAUCAUUGCAUUUUUGAUUGGUGCAGUUCUUUCAUCAGGUGUUUGCUUUUUGGCCAAAAAGUGUUACAGGACAGAAAUUACGAGUUCUGGACAUUUGAAUGACACUUUUGUGAUGCUGACACGUCCAGAUGACCCACUGAUAUAUGAUGGUCAAGCAUUACAAAACAACCAGACCCUGAACUCAAACAGUGGGACAAAAGAAGUGGAAUAUGCCACCAUUGAUUUUUCCCUGUUAAAAACAAAGCCAGCAAGGACGCAAGAAAGCACAAAGACGGAGUACGCUGAAAUCAAGAGGAUAAUAAAAAAAGAACAAGUAGAUGAUGAUGGAGACGACGGUAAAAUGUUGGAGGGGGAGAUGAAACACUGUGAACCAGAAAAGAAGGAAGGGGAAGAUGAGGCAGUGUACUCCACUGUGAAUGACAUAAUAGAUGAUAAUUGAGGAAUUCUUUUGUAUAGUUGCUAAGGAUAAAUAUUGAUCUCUUCAGAUGUAAUUGAUGGAUGGAUGGAUUUCCAUUUUGUGUUUGAAUUAAAAUUAUCUCUAUGUUGUAAACUUCACAAAUAUUAACAAAUCAAAUCUUACAGGGAUGAAAAUGUUACCUCUGAAUAUAAUGCUCUGCAAUAGUUUAAUGAUUACACAUAUUAGAAAAAUGUCAUGGUUAAGCAAUUUUUAGAUGUCUAUACUUCUUUACUAUAAAAUCUUGCCCAAUGACAUUCAGCUGUAGUAGUAAAUAUAGUGGCUUAACUUUUUUUUUACUGUAUUCUUGAUGUAUUUUGCAGAUUUUUAACGGUUUAAGUUUCCAGGUGGCAGAUGGCCAACACUGACAUUGUCUGGCCACAUAUAUUUGAAAGUGUACAGCCAAAGUGUGACAAAUGACCUUUGGAGUUUCCUUUUAGUGCUUUCACAAAAUGCCAUUUUAAACCAUGUUUUUUGUGCUUUGUAUUCUUGCUGAAAAAUGUACGUCUUUUUGCUUAGUAAAUUUAUUUUUUCCCUG